CGCUCCGCCCCUCUCCCCCGCUCCCUCGUUGCGUAUCACUUCCUCCUCUCCGUGACCCUUUCUCUCCUCUCUUCACGUUGUGUCUGGGUAUUCCCUCUGUCUGGCGUCGUCGCGUUCUUGUGGACCCCUCUCCCCCUCCCACUCCACUCGAGGCCUCCCCGGCUCUGAAUCAUCGGCGCACGCCGCGCCCGAGCCUGCCGCGGUCCUUAUCACUUCCCCCUCACCCUCAUCCUUCUCACUUGGCCCUGAAUUUGUUUCGAUACUUUGCAGACUUGUGCGACGAACAUUUGCAAAGCCUCCCUUGGUCAACGAUUGGCAGAAGAAAUCAAAACAGCUAAUGAUUAAAGAUAAGACAGCAAACAAUAAAAAUAAAAUCAAUUCCAUUUGCAAAUUAUCCUGUGCAUAUUUUCUUUGUGCUAUUUCUGUGUCGUUUCUAUUUUCCAUGUCGUGCUUUAACGCGUGCCACGCGGCGCGCCUCGUCUUCCAGUGUUUUGCUGAUGAAGUGGUUGUCUGCGCUUGCCUGCGCUAUCUGACUAGGGACACGUCGACGUCUAGCUCGAGCUCGUCCGACUCGUCGAGCUCCAGCAACUCAAGCAGUACCAGCUCGACCUCAAGUAGCAGUUCAAGUUCGACGAGUUCCAGCUCGCGUGAGUCCUCUCCGGCUCCUCCACCAAAGGCGGCACGGAAAAGUCGAAGCCGAGUUAAGAGGCGAAGCGAUGCGCCCCUCACGAAGCCGACGGGAUCCACACCUCCUGAGAAAAGUGCAAGUGACGGAGUGCCCGUGGAGAAGCCGACCGAGUCCCGGCCGCCCUCCCCGGAAGCACCUCCAGAGAAAAGUGCAAGUGACGGAGUGCCCGUGGAGAAGCCGACCGAGUCCCGGCCGCCCUCCCCGGAAGCACCUCCAGAGGACACACAGAAAAGUGCACCGGACAGUGUACCCGUGGGGGAGCCGACAGGGUCCCUGCCGGCUUCUCCGGCUGCACUUCCAGAAGAGGUUAUUGACGAGCCUUUGGACUUAUCAUCACGUGAGUCCGUGGAGCCGGCGCCACUUCGGCGAGAGUCCACCCCGUCUCCACCGGUGCCUCUGGAUUUAAGCCCAAAGAAGCGCCGCGUAUCUACUGAUGCCGUUCCCGCUCGGACUCGGAGGGUCUUGCCGGCACCCAAUCGGCGGGCCCUGACCCGGGCGGCGUCAGCAGACGAGCGACGGCCCGGCAGCUGGGGGCUGCUUCGAACGCCCCCUCGUUCGUCUCGUGAUGAACGUCACUUUUGAUCUCCAUUUAUUUCCCCACUUUUAUUUGCAUGAUGUAACCUGAAGGGAUAUAUUUUUUUCAAUA